UCCCAACGUUGAUCUCUAUCUGGUCAAAUUACCCGACCAAUCUGCGAUCAGUCUCGAUCAGAUCUACAUAGUAGAUUAGCGAUAGAUCCCAUUCACCAGCAUAGUACCCCGUCUACCUAAGAUCCAUCAUGAGCGACGUCACCAUCACGGAGGGGACCUUUCGUCUGCCGGAUGGAGUGGAGGUCUACCAAAAGACCUGGUCGCCCACCAGCCCUCCCCUCGCCAAAAUCGUCCACUUCCAUGGCUUCAGCGACCACAUCAACAACUACUUCGACCUCUUCCCCGCCCUGGCGCGACACGGCAUCCUCUGCGCGGGGAUCGACCAACGGGGCUGGGGCCGAUCGGUGCACCGCAAAGCCGACCGCGGCAACACGGGGCCGACCCCGGCCAUUCUCGCCGACAUGGCCGCCUUCAUCACGGCCCAGCAGCAGGUCGCCCCGACCGACAUCCCCGUCUUCAUCAGCGGCCAUUCCAUGGGGGGCGGGCUCGUGGCGACGUUCGCAUCUACCCCGCAGUACCAACCGCUGGUGGCCUCGCUGCGGGGGAUCAUGCUCGAGGCGCCGUACAUCGGCCUGACGCCGGAGCAGACGCCCAGCUCCCUCCUCGUCUUCGCGGGCCGGCUGGCCGGCCGCCUGCUCCCCCACUUCCAGCUCACGCAGCAGAUGGUGAUCGAGAAUCUGGUGCGGGACCCGGCCGUGCAGGCGCAGGUUAAGAACGACCCGCUCAACCACCUGACGGGCACGCUGGAGAUGUUCGCCAACAUGCUCGACCGCGCCGCCGCCCUCACCGCGGGCAAGCUGGUCCUGUCCCCGGGCGUGCAGUCGGUGCUGGUCGUCCACGGCACGGGCGAUCAGUGCACCAGCCACGACCUCAGCAAGCGCUGGUUCGACCAGCAGACCUCGCGGGUGCCGUCGACGCAGAAGAAGUUUGUCUCCUACGACGGCUGGAGCCAUAUCCUGCAUGCGGAUCUGCCGGAGAACCGACCGGUGUAUGCGGACGAUCUGGCGGGGUGGGUGCUGGAGCGCGCCGCGGAGAAGUCGGUGCGACUGUAAGUACGCACUUAGUGAUGGAGAGUGAGUACUGUCCUACGUACGUGUAGUUAGCGUUAGCGAACUAGCGAAUACCUAUACUUAGAUGAUGGAAGGCACUGUGGCACUGCAUGCCUGCCAGCGGGACAGAGUGGUACAGACCCGGGCUGGCUAACAACACACCCAUCCCCUCUCACGUACUGCUAAGUACGAGCUCGAGCCU